AUGUCCCUCCCUAUCCACACAGCAGCCCGCUGCUGCAGACACCUCUCCGGCUCCGUCCGUCCGUCCUCCCUGCGCAUCGCGACCUCCGCAUACACAGCCCGCAGCACACCCAGCAGCCGGCGAUGGGAGUCGACCGAGGCCGCUGCUGCGGCUCCCUCCAAUCCUAAGAUUACGCAGAUCGUCGACCAGAUCAGCCAAUUGACGCUGCUGGAGACCGCCGACCUGGUGUCUACCUUGAAGACCCGCCUGAACAUCCCCGACCUCCCCGUGGGCGGCUUCGCCAUGGCCCCCGGCGCUGGCGCUCCAGGCGCGGCUGCCGCAGUUGAGGAAGAGGAAGCUGCGCCCGCCGCGGCAGAGAAGACGCUGUUCAACCUGAAGCUCGAGUCGUUCGAGGCCACGUCUAAGCCCAAGGUCAUCAAGGAGAUCAAGACCAUGCUCGGCCUGUCGCUGGUGGACAGCAAGAAGUUCGUCGAGUCCGUGCCCAAGGUCAUGAAGGAGUCUGUGCCGAAGGAGGAGGCGGAGAAGAUUGUUGAGACGCUCAAGGGGCUGGGUGCCAAGGUUACGAUGGAGUAA